UUGAGGCCAAUACCACCCAAUAGCGUCAAAAGUUGAAGGGAACUACCACAAGCUACAAUACCAUCUCUCGCUAUUUAAAAAUAAAAACCUUCAGUGCAGUCUUCGACGCGCGAAAGCGAACAAUUCCAUUCAUGGAACAUUAUAUUCAAAUUAUUUUAUUAGGUUAGCGACAUCGGAUGGCUUACAUUUUAAACAAUAAUGUGGUGAUUAUAUUAUAGUGUUACAAGAAAUAGUUUGUGUGCAGGUGUAGGAUUCUUAAUAAUUUUGGAGAAAGCUGAUAAUUACAACUUAAUUAUGACAAACGAAAGUAAAUCGCCGGAAAAUUCCAGUAGAGAUGUAACAACAUUAAGACGAAUAUUACCACAAAUUAUAGCCGUAACAGUUAAAAAUAGUUUACUGCUAGCGUAUGGAAUGACUAUUGGAUUUCCCACUAUUUUAAUUCCAAACCUGUCAGGUGGGAAUCCGAAAGAAAAAAUUGUUUUAGGAACGGAAGCAAUCUCUUGGAUUGGAUCUGCCAAUUUUUUAGUUGUUCCAUUAGGCUGCCUGUUUUCGGGAAUCGCUACCCAACCAAUAGGUCGCCGGAAAGCUAUGCAGAUUUUUACGCUUCCUUUUCUAGCUUCGUGGUUACUUUUCCAUUUUGCCUCACACUCUUGGGAAGUAUUUUUUGCUUUAUGUUUGACAGGCUUAACAGGGGGUCUUCUAGAAGCACCGACACUAACGUAUUUAGCUGAAGUUACUACACCGAAUCUACGAGGGGUGUUGGCCUCUACUUCCACAGUCGCUAUCAUUGCCGGAAUUCUGAUAGAGUUUUUACUGGGCACUUUUAUGGAUUGGCGAACGGUAGCUCUGGUAAGCUGUAUAGUGCCAAUUUUGUCAUGUGUGUGCUUGUUUUUUGUUCCGGAAAGUCCAUAUUGGCUGAUUUCUAAAAAUAGAUUCGAAGAAGCCCAGAAAAGCACUGCUUGGUUAAGGGGAUGGUUGGAAAUAGAAGAAGUAGAACAUGAAUUCAAGGAGUUGUGUGAACAGCUGAAGAAAAGUGGCACAAGCCGAAAUACGUUCUCUGCUGAAAACAGGGGCUUUAUAGAGAAAUUAAAAAAAGCAAAACAAAAUUUGACCAUGUACACUAAGAAACCGUUUCUGUGGCCAUUUAGUUUGGUGUCGCUCACGUUUGCCUUGGGCCAUUUUUCAGGGAUGACCACUCUUCAGACGUAUGCAGUUAACAUAUUUGCCACUUUAAAGGCUCCCAUAGAUAAGUACUAUGCUACAAUUAUUCUUGGUAUCGCAGAAGCUCUUGGUUGUAUCCUGAGUUCUAUGUUAGUGCAUUUUGUUGGUAAAAGAAAAAUGAAUUUCCUUUCACUGUUGGGCACAGGGAUUUGCUUUUUUAUCGUAGCGACAUAUGCUCACUUAAUUAAUGUUAACAGUCUAAAAAUUGUUACAAAAGAUGAGAAUUUAGAUGUAGAAGGACAAAGCUGGCUGCCCUUGACGUUUCUGGUAGGAGCUGCAUUCUUUACUCAUUGUGGUAUUAGAAUUCUGCCGUGGAUGCUUAUAGGUGAAGUAUACUAUAGCAAGAUCAGAGCCACUGCCAGCGGUUUUUCAGGAGCGAUGAGUUAUAUCUUUGGGUUUCUUGCCAACAAAAUAUUUUUUUCCAUGAUAUCGGCACUUACUUUGCCAGGCACGUUCUGGCUUUAUAGUGCUGUCUGUAUGCUAGGACUUCUACUUCUGUAUUUCCUAUUGCCGGAAACAGAAGGCAAGACAUUAUACGAAAUAACUGAACAUUUUGCGGGCCGCAAUAAACUUAACAAUAAGGUUCAUAAUUUUGUCAGAGUGAAGACAAAUCGCGAGAAACAAUUGGAUAAUGGAGUGGAUAACAAAGCUUUCGAUGAGGAUAGUAGCCACGAAAUAAAUACUAAGUUUUGAAUACGAGUCCGUAGAAAUAGAAAAGUAAUUUUAAUUAAAUACCUAGUAAUGUACUGUGAUAACUAUUUCAAUUCAUAUUUUUGUGCAUAUAUUUAAAUAGUUUAUGCUGCAAAGAUGGUAAAUAAUGUUUUUGUUUUAUUUAUCCAGACUAUUCUUAUUUUUAUAUAAUUAUUAAAGCA